AUGCCAGCAUCUCACACCACCACCACUGCCACAGUGCCUUCCAGCAAGAAGGUCAUCUGGCCACAUGAGACCUCAGUUUCACUUAUUGAGAUGAUGGUCAAGUCCCUGCACAAGAGAAAGGAGCAAAUCUGGGCCUACAUUUGUAGGAACCAUCAUCCCAUUGUGGAGGCUACCAAUGAGAAAGCUGUUCAAGCCACGGGCAAGGAUGGAUGCCGCACUGUGUGA